AAUGUCAGUGGAAGAAAGAAAGAGAAUUAGAAUAAAAGCGGGUGUAGUGGAAGAAACUCGCUCGGAAAAGUUCAUUCUCCGCUGGUUUGUGGCUAAUUGUGGAGUGUUGAUCGAGAAUGGGAUGGAGACGAUCAUAAGCGACAAGCAGAACGAGAAAUUGUGUGAUUUUGUGGAGAAAGGAUGCAUGACUUCCAUCCGGAUCUGCCUCCGGAAAGGAGCUGAUCCAACAAAGGUGGGAUCAAAUGGGAUGACUGCAAUUGGAUUGGCAGCAAUGAAGGGAAACUAUGGGAUUCUCUCCAGGCUGCUGUCAGAGACACAGACACAGAAGAAGAUUGACCUGAGUGAGUACGAUUCCACCCCAGACGGCAUGGAAGGCCUGGAAUGGGAUGAUGAAAUUGACGCUAGGUACUGCUUCUCACCGGACAAGGAAUGGCUCAAUCUCUAUACUUACUAUGCGAGAAUGUGGGAGAAUUUUGGUGAUAUGCUUACAACUGCCAGCAAAAUUCGCGAUGAUCCUCACUGUUUGGACUAUAAUCACUAUGCCCCAAUUCACUAUGCUGCCAAAUUUGGCCAUAUGAUCUGCGUUAAGCUUCUGCUGGACUACAAAUGUCCAGUGGAUUCGGUAACUCAUGCUGGGAAAACUGCCCUCCACAUAGCCUGUGAAUUUCAACAUAAAUCCGUCGUGGAGCUCCUCAUCCGGUACAAUGCGAACUUGAACCAGAAAACCUUCAAAUCCGGCGACUUUCCCCUCCUGAUUGCCGCCCGGAAUGGAAAUACGGAAAUUAUCUCUAUGCUACUCAAUGCUGGUGCUCUCGUUGACGAGUGCAAUCUGCAAGAUGUCACCCCGCUCAUGGAGGCCAUCCAGAUGAAGAAUGUCCCUGCCGCUAAGUUGCUGAUUGAGCGUGGUGCCAAUAUCAAUUUGCAGGAUCGUGAGGGUCUCUCGCCUCUCUGUCUUGCCGUCAUGAGUGAAUCUGUGGAGUUGGUGAGGCUGUUGCUAGAGAGAAAUUGUCGGAUUGUGCUAUCGCACAAUCUUCUUCACAAAUCAAUAGCUGCAAAUAACAAUGAACUGAUAAAGUUGCUGGUGGAGGCAGGGGAUAAUGUCAAUGCUAGGGAUACCUUUGGACUGUCAGCAUUUGAGAAGUUGAUUACGUUCGGAAAUGAGGAAAUGGUGUUAUUUUUGCGGCAAUAUGCCCCAAAGAGUGCUACAUGCUCAUCUGAGUCCACAGAGAUCUUUAUGGCCAUCAAUAUUCAAUGUAAGCCAAAGUUUCAGCGAAUGCUGAAUUUACUGUUGCAUCUCAAUAGUGAUAUCGAUGCUACAUUAUGGAAUGAGACUCCGCUCUCGGCCACAAUUCGCGUCAAGCAGUAUGACUAUGCUAAGAUUCUCAUAAGGGAGGGUUGCUCAGUGAAAAUUCCCCAAAUGGGAAAUUCGGUGGAAUUGCUGAGGCGCGAUGGCACAACGCUUAUACUAAAGUACCUCAUAAAUGCUGGUCUACGACUCUGGGACUUUCCGGAUGUUGUGGCAUCGAUAAAGGUGCCCCCAUGGUCUGGGGGUGUCCAAACAAUUGAACACUAUCUCACUCAUACAGCCAGAAAUCCCCUUUCUCUGCAACAACUUGCCCGGAUUCGCAUACGCGAUGCUCUGAGGCAGAGAAUGAAGAAAUCUCUAGAGAAAGUCUUUAGGUUCUCAGCAGUCAAUGCCAAUAUUGACUAUACUAGUUCGAUGUUUGAGGAGUGUGUUCAGAGUCUUGGAUUACCAAGAAGACUCAUAGAUUAUGUCUAUAGAUUCUCAGAUUUAGAAUAAGUCUCUAAAAAUUUUUAGAAGAUAAGAAAAAGUAUAAGCAGAAAAGUGCUGAAAAUUCUCAAAUUGCUAUAACGAAGAGACUCUCAAAUUCACUUUCAAUAUUUUCUGUUGUGUAGAAGAAUUAUAAUAGAUUGAAAGAGUCAACAACUUUUUAAGCUCAAGGACGAACAAAUGGUUCAAUUAAAGCAAAUUGAACAAUCUUGGAAUACUUUUCGCACGACUUUAUGACGUAGUGAAAAUGAUUAGAUCAACAUUUUGAUAUCUAUCAUUGAUCUCUCACUAUUACUAAUAUAAUAAUUUUUUCAUCAGAGCUUUAAUAAAUUAUGGACUGGUUCUAUAAAACAUUUUGCUGCUGGAUAAAUGCAUUUUUAUAUGAUGGGGGAUCUUGUUGGAGAGCAUGGAAAGUUUCAGUAAUUUAGCCACAGACAGAAUAUUAAUCAAUUUAAAGCAAUUGAAUAAACUUGAAUAGCUUCGCACGACUAUUAGAUUUUGUGUUGCAGAUGAGAUAACUACUUGGUAUUUACAUAUUUUGGAUCUUACAGAAUUCCAAAGUAUUCUUCCAAGAACACUUAAAAGAAAAAUUUGCAAGUGAAAAAAGGUUCUUUUAAUGCCCAAAAAGAUACUAGGAUGCGUAAUUUUUGAUUUUAUCAAGGGGGAGAUAUUAGGGUCGGAAGUGGUGUACAGCUGAAAAUGAAGUACUUGGAAGUCUUUGGAAGUGGGAGUGUCCGAAAAUAAAGUCUUCUCUGUUUAAUUCUGAAUUUUAGAGAUUAUACGCUACUUUUAGCUCAGAUUUUAAAUUCGAGUGGCAAAAAUACGUAAAGAACGAAAAGGUUUCUUUGUAGUAUUUAAUGUUAAUCCAAUUUUGGAAAGGCCUAAAUGAUAGACUUCCAUUCCAUUUCAUUGAGCAUUUUGGGCUUUUUAUUUAGAUCGUGUUUAAAUGACUGAAAAGUGACUUGAAAAAUUUCGAUAUAGAGAUUUAUUCUUGAAAAGAUCAACUUUAUCUUAAACGGUCUCUAACAUAAACGGCAAUAUUGUGGGUAUUCGAGUGGAAGACAAUUGAAGAGGUUGAAGAGAUUAUUAAGAUUUUGGAAAACAAUAAUUCGAUCGACUUUCGCUAUUUAGAAAAACUUGGAUGUAUUUAAAAGCUUGAUACGUGGGUGCUACAUCUCUUCACUGAAAAGAAUAAAGGGAACUGUAGGAACUGUACUACGGGUUAUUACGGUACUUUUUAGUGGUAACUUUAAUCUAAGACUUCUCUAUCCAAUUGCGGAGUAGAGGAUUUGCCGGAUUCUAUGCUGUGGUUCAACGGAUAUAUAUGAAGUCUUUGCGGUUAACGGGAGUGAAAUAAGAGCGUGGUAGUGCAUGGUGCUCCGAGAAUAACCCUAAUCCGAGCUAUGCUGUCGGAUGAUCUAUUUUGCAGAGUGAAUUAAAUAACUUUUUCAAAUGUGACAAGAAACUUUUAGACGAUAAAAAUGAUCAACUUUUGGAAAACAAUUAUUUUGGAUACGAUCUUAAAUAAAACAUUUUUUUAAAUGCACAGGCAACUCAUUUGCAAAAAGAAAAAUUUUAAGAAGUAUUUAUCAUUUUUUCACCUGAUUUCUUGAAUAUAACUUUGUCAAGAAUUUUUUGGUCAAUACUGUACUUCUGAAGUGCUAAAUUAGUUGUUGCACUCGUACUUUUGGUCUCUUGCAGACUUUCCAAAACAAUUUCAACCAAUUAGAAACGACCAUACUUUUUUUUUGAGACCUCUUUUCCAGAAGUAGCUUCACUGGUCUGUUGUGGCCUCUACACACUAGAAAAAUUUAUGUUCAUAUUGAAGAUAAUUGCCUACGCUUAUGUAGGAAGAACUCUAAAAAAUGGACAUAUUUUUCUCUAGUGUGUAGACCAUUAGAAAAUGCAUAGAAAGAAAUUCUGUUGGUCAUAAAAUACAGAUAAUAAUAAAAUAUCAUUAGUAUGCAAGAAUAUCUGCUGCUAUUAAAAUAUUAUUAUAAAAUAUUAAGAAAAAAUUUUAAAGGAAAUACAUGUAAAAAUAAAUUUCUUAAGAUUUUUUUAAAAGUGUUCUUACUUAUAUUUUUCAUAAUAUUAAACAAAUUAUUGAUUCCUAAGUAUGAGAAGUGCAAGAAGUGCUGGAUGUAUUGCAGCAUUUUUGAGAGUCUUUCGAAACGCUGGAAGUGUAAAGGGUUCCAAAUUGUGGAAGUGUCUGGAAGUGGUGUACACAUUUUCAUCCUAAUAUGUCGCCCUUGGAUUUUAUUGAAUAUUUAAAUUUUGAAUUGACGUUAAAGACUGAUUCGUAUCCUGCAUAAAAGAUCUUUUAUUUUAAAGUAUCAAAUAUCUUUACGGUUUUACAACAAGAUGUAACAAACUUCACUGGAACUGAAAUUGAACCAGAAAUUUCAAGCAACUUUGAUUAGUUUCCGAUUCUUUGAAAAAAUAGUCUAGGGUACCGUAGAGUAAGAUGGGGUAAUUUGGAAUCAUGUAUAAUUUUGAACUUUAAAAUUUUCUAACAGGUUUAGGACAGCAAAAGAAAAAAAAAAUAACGAGGAAGUACUACUUCUUUGUAGUUUUCCUUUUCUUUUUGACCGUCUGAAACAGUGAAAAAUUUCAAAAUUCGAAAAUAGGCAUGAUUUGGAAUUAUUCCGUCUUUCCCAAAGGGUUAUGCCUUAUGCCCUAGACACACUUACGACUUAAGCCGAGAGACGACUUAGUAGAAAAUUAUGGUAAUGUAGUUUAACCCUUUAACGACGAGACACUUUUUACGGAGCGAAAAUCAACAAUAAAAAUUUAACCGAUAAACAAAAUCAAUUGAACGUCUUACAUUUGACUUCGGAAACUCCAACAGAGGUCUGAUUCGGUGCGUGUUUUACCUCUACGAGCGAUAGGAACAAAAAUAGCCCAAAAAUUUAAGUAAUUUUUCUGAUAAUACCAAUGAACCAUAAUUUUCAGUCUAAUGAAAAAUAUUGUAUAUGAGUAUUGUAGUUUCUUUUUCCAAAACGGUUAAAAAUUAAAUAAAGCUUGAAAAUUAAAUUAAAUAAAGCUUAAAAAUUUACUAUAUAGCAAAUAGCUGGAGACUUGCAAGAAAUAUCCUAGAUUCCUUCAACCUUCUACUUUGCAAUUACGUACAAACAUAGGGGAAAGUGCCCAUGCUUGAUACCACUGGAAGCUUCGUAAUGACUAAAUUUCUCCUAUGUUUCUCAAUAAACGUAACUCCGCAAUAUAUUUUAAAAACUAGCCACUUUCUCAUAGUUUUUAAAAUAUGGUUGCGACAAGUCAAAUAUAUAUUGUGAGACAUAGAAAAUUUAGUCAUUACGAAGCUUCCAAUGGUAUCAAGCAUGGGCACCUUCCCCUAAGAAAAAAAUUACUUUAGGUAACCAAAAAAAAAAUUUUCUUUAUGGGACACCGGUGUUCCAAUCGUCCUUAAAGGGUUAAUUAUUAUUUCGAAUAUAAUUACGCUAAGCCGUCUCUCGGCUAAUCCUCAGGUCUGUCGAAGCCCUUAGACACACUUACGACUUAAGCCGAGAGACGGCUAAACGUCAUUAUAAUCAAAUUUGAUUAAAUCCUCAUCAGUUUCCCACUAAGUCGUUUUUCGCCUGAAGCCGAGAGACGGAUUGGUCAGGAGGAAAUGUAAUCAUAAUUAUUUUGAUUAUACUUACGUUAAGCCGUUUCUAGGCUUAUGCCGUAAGUCUGUCUAGAAGAGCAUUACAAACGUUUCUAAAAGCUUUUUCUGUGGUUUUCUAAUAGGUUUCACCGUGCAAAGUCUAUAUAAUCGUGCAUUUAGGAAUAUUUUCUAAUUCUUCCGAAGACAAAUUUAUUUUUAGGAUGUUUCCUGCGAAAAAAUGUAUUUUUUACGAUUAUUAAAGUUAUAAUCAUAAUUUGGGCAUUUUUAGACUCGCUUUUAUAACUUUUUGAAAUAUGCGUAGUUUGUCUGACGGUCGCUAGUGGCAUUGCCGGCAUUGGAAUCGCAUGUUUAAUGGCUCCGCGCCACACCCUUUAGAUCAGGAAAAUUUAAUAAAACUAAAAUUCACAUCUCUUUCUUACUUAAAAGUUUCGCAGAUGUCCGUCUCAUUCUUUAGCACUUUUCUUCUUCUUCUUUUAAGUGUCAAAACAAAUUCAAUUUGGUUUAAACCAAUUUUGAAUGUGAAAGAGUGAGAUAGACAUAUACAAGUUUGAUGAAGAAAUUGAAUGUGAAUUUGGAUUUCAUGAAAUGGUGAUCCUGAUUAAAAACGUGUGACGGAGGCAUAACCCAAAUUUGUGAUUUAAAUUCAAAUAUAAUUUUUUGAGGAUGAUCUGAGUAAGUUUUCUAAAUUUAUUACUGAUCUAUUAUGCCCUAUUUUAUUCUUCAUUAAUUUGUGAUUAAUCGGAAUUUAUUGAAAGAACCAAAGUCCAUGAAAUGAUGGAUUUUGAAGAAUCACAAAAUCUAUCAUUUUUUUUUUAAGAAAAAUUAUCAAAAGUUUACAGCAAUUUUGCAUCGCUAAUAAAUUAAAUAAAAUUGCCGGAAAAGUUUUUGAUAUUGUAUUGAUCUCUUGAACAAUUAAGAAAAGAAAUUGAACAGAAACUCUAAGAAAUUGUUGUAGAGUAUGGAAAAUUUUAGUUUUUUAGCAAUACAUCAUUUUUUUUUUAAUUAUUUUAAUUGCUUUUCAGAGGCUUUUCUACUAAUUGUGAUAGAAAAAUUAUAAUAGAAACAAAAAAAAUUAUGGAGUUUUAGGAAGAAGCACUGAAUUGAGCCAAUACUCAUUAGAUAUUCUUGACUCUUUCAUACAUUAUUCAAUAUACAGCCUUAAAAAAAAAUUGUGAGCAAUUUGGGAAUUUGCAGAAAGAACAGGAAAGAUUUUUAGAUGGUUAACAGUGUUUCCCAGAACUUGGAAAAAAUAUUCUGCAAAAAAAUAAAAAAUUGUAGAGAAAUUAAUUUUUGACAGAAAAAAAAAAUAGUAAGAUUCUUCUCAGAACAUUAUAAAUGAUAUUCAUUGAAAAUAUUUGUAUUCUAGAAGGUAUUAUUAAUCAUGGAAUGAAUUAUAAAACAAAUCAAGUUUAUUGGAUUUUUUGUUACAAGAUUUUUAUAAAAGAUAAACUUGCUUCAAUUUGCAUUUCUCGAGGAGUUCAAGGAGGUUUAAAAGAACAAGUAAGAGUUUUUUUGCACAAGGAAAUUAUCCUUGAUUUUUUAUAAAAUAAAAUCGAUGAAAAAAAUUGAAUAGAAAAAUUAAAAAUUUAUAAAGUUGCAGAAAAUAAAACUUUGUUGCUAUCCAUCGAUCGUGUUAUUGGUAAAUUGCAAAUUAAUAAUCCAAAUAGCAAAUUAAAGCAAUUAUUUGCCAAGACAGAAUGUCUUUUGAAGUCUAAUUGAAAAGUUGUUAGCAUAAGAAUAACAUUUAUACUGCAUUUAUAUCGCUUCUUCAUGUAAAUUGAAUGGCUUUAUUGUUGAGAAUGUUAGCAAUUUAAGUGAUUCUGUGGCAUCUCCAGUGAAUAACUUUAAAUUAUAUGUGAUUAAUAUUGGAUUACCAUUGUAGAUUGUAAGAAAUCCAUAAAAGCUUAUGCAUUUUUUUUUUACCUGGCGAUUAGAAUACCUUAUUUGGUGAGAACGACAAUUUGCACAAUCUGAUUUGGGAAACACUGAUUGAUAGAGUUGCAGGAGAUUUUAAUGAAUAAGAGACAUUUAUUUGAAAGUCACAAAGAAAAACUCUGUAUUUUAAAAUGUAAUUUCAUUGUAACAAUUAUUAUAGAUUAAAUUGCCUCUGAAUAUUGCGAAA